AGGAGGAGCAUGAAAAGAAGCAGAAGGAGAAGCAGGGAGGGAUACUGCUCGCUCUGUACACCGUCCCUGUAGCCCCAAGAGCAUCACACCCCUUACAUCCCUCAGGAUCACAGGAGCAUCCUAGUAAAGCCCUAGGAGGGAGCAGGACCUGGUUGGGCCCUGUGAGCUUGGAGUGUUGACCAAGAUUACUUCGUGGCAGGAGGAGCUGAGGAACACUCUUGUCCCUGGAGCGUGUCCCUGUCCCCUCUGUGGCCCCAGGAAUGGCAGAAGUCCCUUGUGAAGAAGGUGGAGACUCAGCUGCUGUGAUGGAGCUGCUGCAGCAGAGAGCAGAGGGAAGGACCAAUUUCAGCCUCAGAUGCACCAAUGACAGAAAGGUGACCAUUGCGGUCACUGUGCUCGCCGUGGUGCUGCUUCUUACUGUUGCCAUCAUCACACUGGCAGCUAGGAAACACCCACCCUGCUCAGCUCCCACCCUGCCCAGCUGCCUGGAGAGUGGGAUUGGCUUCGGGAACAAGUGCUUUUACUUUCUGGAGGAGGAAGUGGACUGGGAAGGGAGUCAGCACUCCUGCCUCUCCCGCCAAGCCCACCUGGCCACCAUCGACACCAGGGAGGAGCUGCAUUUCCUCCUGCGCUAUGGGAACUUCAUGGAGUUCUGGGUUGGUCUCUGGAGGGAAGGUUCUGGACCUUGGAAAUGGCUCAAUGGUUCCCUCUUCAAUGCCCUUUGUGCCAAAGCAUUCAGACACAACCCAAGGAUCUGUGGGAUGCAGAUGCUGAUGAGGACCUGGGGACAUCCCUGGAUGAAUCCCCUGGGAACAAGAACAUGAAAACCAUUGAGGGAGGAGUGGAAGGUUUGACAUCCAGGGCAAUGGCCACUGCGCCUACACGAACUCCCACAGGAUCAGCAGUGACAGGUGCUCUGAGAUGAAAUUUUCCAUCUGCAGCCACCUGCAGAGACACCCC